ACCAGGGCGGGCGCCCUCUUCAGGCGCUCCUGGCUGCAGCGGCGACGCUUCUCCGCUCUCUCUCUCGGGAGAUCGCGCCGCUGAGGUCACAAGCCUGCACAUUUCCCCCCCUCCACCAUGGGAGUGCUGGUCGUCGCCGCCUGCUGGGCGCUGGCGCUGGGCUUCGUGGACACAGGCGGGAGUCUGGCUGUGGACAUCUUGCCGGCGCCUGUGGAGCGGCGCCACAGCCACAGCCACAGCCACAGCCACAGCCACAGGCCGGUGGCUUCGCUGGAGCGAGAACUUCGACAGCUGAAGUCAGCGAGGAUGAUGCCUCGACUGUCGGCCGACAACUUCGUCCCGCCUUCGCUGCGCGAUUUGGAAGAGGAGGGCGCGCGGGAGACGUGGCCCCAGGAGGUCGCCGAUGACGUCCCGGCUGAUGGACCGCCCGUCGACGCCCGCUGCGCCGGAGCGCCUCUGGACCGCGAGCUGCCGCCGCGUCACCAGCUUCGCAGGUCGCAGCGGACCCAGCGAGAGGCUCGUGAAUAA